UAUUUAAUUUUAUUGUGACUUACAUAGGAGACGAAAAUUUUUAACAAACUAGUUUUUAUUUCUUUGCUAAUUUUUUGAAACCGUUUGUGCUGAAAAGAUUUCAAUUUUGAUAUCUACCUACUCCAGUUAUCAAUUUUCACAUACAUACUUAUAUGUAUGUUAUGCGCGCUUCUUUUUAGUUAUGUGUGUGAAUUGAUUUUCUUAGCGUUCACAUAUGUCAUAUGUAAUCUGUCAACGAAAUGUCAAAUAUAAUAAAAUAGUGUUUCUUCUGUAAUUAAUCAAGAAUACGUAUAAUCUAUCUAUAGGCCUGGAUAACAUUAAGAGUAAAACUUAUCCCACGAUUAAUGAAAAACAGUACAACAUGGCAUCAGCAUCUAGCACAAGCGCACGUAGCCUCUUCAUUGAAUCAAAGAUGAGAUUAGCGGAUAGAGUGCAAGUUAAUGUUAAUAACAUUGCUUCUCUCGCCAGACAAAUACAAAGAGGUUCAAAAAGCAGCGAAAUCUUAAUGCAUGCAUCGAGAAAUUUUGCACAACAGGAGAAUGGAUUGGAAAUGAUGGAAUCUAAUUUAAAGAAAAUUGCUCUUAUUACCACUCAUUUAGAAUAUCAAAUGGAUGCAAUCGACAAAAAUUCUGCAAUGUUGGAGGAAGUCACCGAGCAAGUACGAUCAAUGCAACGAUAACGUAUUGAUGCAUAUUUAUUUCAUGUUAUAUAUAAGAGUUUUAUUUAAUAUCUGCAGGAUAUGUAUUUAUAAACAAUGUGGUAUGAAUGUUAUAUUGCAGACUUAUAUGUAUAGUUGUUAACAAUUUUAAGUUUAAAAAGUUUUCAGAAUGAGCACAAUGCAAUCUUUCAGAGAUGCAAUUUAUAAUUUAAAAAUAGUAUAUGUAGCUACUAGACCUGUCUUUUUCCAUACUAUAUCAAGUCUAUAAAAGCUAUAAAAUGUCUUUAA